UUGUUUUGCCUUGCAUGAACUAAACCUGUUACAGAAGUACUACGGAAACUGAGAGGGAGUUCCCCAGAAAAGCGAAAGGAAUCUAGAAGGUUGUGCACAGCUUUGGUUAAUGUAUUAAGAGGCAUACGAACAAUAAUCACAACAACUCUCUUUAAAGGGUCAACACACUCCUCACACUUCUGAAGAUCAAAUUACAACAAUGGGAGAGAUUGCUGAGAAUCUGUCCCCUGCUCUUCAUCAUCACAUAGUCCUACUAGGAAAAACUGGAUCUGGGAAAAGUGCAACGGGAAACACCAUCUUGAGCAGAAAAGCUUUCAUCUCAAAGAAAAGCUUCAAAACAGUAACUCAGCAGGUUCAAAGUGAAAAUGCAACAAUAGAUGGAGUGAAUCUCACUGUUUAUGACACACCAGGACUCUUUGAUCCAGACAAUAAACAGAGCCCUGAAGAAAUGCUUGAAAGAUUUACAGGACUUCCAGAGUUUGAUACACAAGAUCCCAUAGUGUUUCUGCUGGUGAUCAGAUCUGACAGAUUCACUGCAGAAGAGAAAACCACUGUUGAGUGUAUUGAAGAUUAUUUGUCUGAUUGGCACUUUAGGAACACGUGGAUUGUUUUCACCAGAGGAGAUGAGCUGGUGAGAGAAGAGACCACCAUAGAAGAGUUAAUAAAAGAAUCCGAAGAUUUAAAAGAAGUUGUGCAGAGAUUUGACAAGAGAUACUUUGUCUUCGACAACAUCACACAACAUCCUGAAGCUCAUCAGAUGGAAAAGUUCUUGGAAAGCAUUAGAAAAGUACAACCUACAAGAUCAGCUCUAGAGACCAAGACAUUUCUACACCGACAGACACCAGCUGAUCAUGAAAGGAACUCCAAUGAGAGAAGGAUCAUUCUGCUGGGGAAGACAGGCUCUGGAAAGAGUGCAACAGGAAAUACUAUAUUGAGAAAAGAAAUGUUUACAUCUGAAUGUAGCUUUAACACGGUAACACAUCAGUGCAGCAGUCAGAACUCAGUUGUUUCAGGAAGAGAGGUGUGUGUUGUUGAUACUCCUGGAUUUGUGGAUCCAACUUCAAAACCUGAAGAUUUAGCAAAAGAAAUGGCACAAAGUGUGGCGCUUUGUAGUCCAGGGCCUCAUGCUUUCCUUUAUGUGGUGUCAGUUAAAGGGAGGAUCAAACCUGAAGAUGUAAAUGACAUUAAAAAUAUAGAAAAGAUUUAUGGAGAGGAUGUAGCAAAGUACACAAUCCCUGUGUUCACCCACAGUGAUCAGUUAGAAGGAAAGAGUGUGGAAGAGCUCAUUGAACAGAAUGAAACCCUUAAAAGUUUUGUUGAGCAGUGUGGAGGCAGAUAUCACAUCAUGAACAAUAAAGACAAGAGAAACAGAAAGCAGGUGACUGAACUACUAGACAAGAUUGACAGAAUGGUAGAUAAAGGAGGACAUUACACUAAUGAAAUGUUUCAGGAGGCAGAGAAAUGUAGACAUGAUGAGGAAAAGAAGGGAACAAAGAAAGGAGAGUGGAUUUGGACUUGGAUUAAGAGAGUCUGGAAUAAUACUCUAGAUUUCUUUAGGAGAUUGAAGAAUCAUUUUCUUGCUAAAGCUGAACAAUUGUUUUCAUUUGCUCAUAGGAUUGUUGAUCUUGAAAGUACAGUGACACUGACAUGUGUGACAGGAGAUAAAUCUAAAUUAAAGAAAAAGUGGCAGAUGAAUAAUCCCAAACACAAUAGCACUGAAGAAACUCAAGAACUAAACUGUGGAAUUGAUCAAUCAAAGUCUUAAUCUUUUAAAAUAUACACUCCCAAACAACCAAGAGCAAACCUGCCAGUAUAAGCAUGGACAAAUAUCUUUUUAAAACAGUAGCCAAUGUAAACCUGCUUCAAUAAAAUACAAAUAUAUUACAUAUUCUAUAUACUCAGGAGGGUAAUAGCCUUGAAUUGAUCUUUCUGUUGUCUUUGCUUGUUUCAAGAAUAAGAAAAUGAAUCCUUGUUUCAUAGUUGGUAUAAGGAGUGCUCAAUACAUUCCUUUUAUGCAUUAAGCAUGCCCUGUAUACACUGGAUCAUUUAUAAAUGAAGAUAAUUGUACAGACAUUCGUGGUUGGUUCAACAGCUCAACAAUUAGAAAAAUUAAAAAUGGAGACCCUUUAACUUGUGACUGUGUUUUUGAGGAUAAUGCAAUCAUCUCCCAUGUAUGGUUAAUGGGAAAAUCCUGGAUUUCACCAUUACUUUCCUUUAUCCACAUAGCUACUAUAUAUACACCAUUUUUGAAGGAAUGCAUAAAUAAGUGAGGCAAAGCAGAGUUCUCAUUUGGAAGAAUUACGUUUCGUAGAGGGUAAACAGGUUAUUGUGUGUUCCAAGUAAUACCGUAGAGAGUAGACCUUAUACAUAGAAACAUGAAAAAGUAGGCUACCUGGUAAAUUAUAUUGAGCCUUAAUGUCCUGAAAGUUUUUAAAACAAGUAUUUAUUUUGUCAUCAUAAAUACAGUAUCAGAUAAAUUAUUUAUUUAGACUUUUUUAGACUAUUGAGGACAACAAAAUGGAGCAUUGCCAGAUAAUUUUUUUUAAAUUGUUUUGUUAAAUAGUUGAAAUCAUUUUUGACAAUGUCAAUAUAAUUAGCCGUAUUUAGAGCGCUGGUUAGACUAUUCUAAUGUCUGCAACACCCCCCAAUCCCUCUCUUCCGCCGUCCAGAUCACUCAGAUCUUCAACAUCUGCCGACUGCCCAACUAUACCUGUCAUUUCAAAAUGGACAGUUAACAAACUUCGCCACGCUUUAGCUGCUUCUAACCCACUUUUCACAAAGUAAAAUCUAAGUUUUAUACAUCUCUUCCCAACUUGACAUUCCCUCUAACUCUAAAACCCCUGAAAACGUUAUAGCUGAAUCCUUACCUUCUACCCAUUCCUCUAGACUUGACGCUCCAGCUCACAAACACCCCGACUGCACACAACCCUCCUGUUUUUCAGGUACAGGCCAUUUCUCCCUCACCAAACUUCCAUCCCAUAAAAGGCCUUCAGCCAGCGCGGUGUCAAGUCUGGCCAAGCGCCUAGCAAGCCACCACCUCUCCGUUCUCUCCCAUUCCAGCCUCUGCUUACCUCCCACCCAACCACCAGGCACCCUGAUGUAGGAGCCUUCCUGAUGUAGCUGCCUCCACUAACGACAAAAACGCUCCAGCCCAACGUUUACCUUUUCCAGCUCCUCCCCCUCUCUCUAUCCUGCCUUCAGAGCCACCCCAGGCAUGAGGAUGCCUCUGCCCUCACUCCUUCUCGAUGGGCCUCAACCAGCCUGCCCUCCUACUUUCACCCUCCAUACUGCUAGCCUCUAGCCAUUUCCCUAAAUGCCGCAGCCACGGAGCCUCCGCAAGUGUCCAAUAAUGUCCAGACCCAGAUUUUGUCAGGUGCAGAUAUAGACCUUUCUGCCCUCCUCUCUCUCUACCCCACCAACGAGCCGCAACGCCUUUUAGAUUGCAGCGACUUUUCAGUAACGCUAAAAAACUCAGAAAUCACCUCCACUCCUUGGCAGAAUUAUAUAUUUCGUUUAGCCAUAUACAGAAGUUAUUUGCUCUGUGUUUCCACCCUGACAACACAAACUAAAUGAUUGUAUGGUGAUCACUGCAGAGCUCUCUCUAUUGGCGGCAGUCAUUUCUAUACUUGUAAUAAACUUUUCUCUGCCAAAUGCACUGUGCGAGUUCUGCAGUGGCACCAGUGUCCAUACAGGGGAGUCCUCGACUUAGAUCUCCAUAACAAAGUUUUUCUGUGCUGCCGCAGCAUUUCCUGCAUGGUAUGCAGAUCAUCAGACCAUCAAAUUGAACUAUGCCCUCUCAUAAAUUCUAACCUUCCCACCCAGUCAGCCCAAAGAUCUGAAAACUCUACCAGCUACAUCCAAUGGCUAUCAAACAACCCCCCUCUCGAUCAACCAGAUCGUGAUUUCAGAGGAAGUGUAGUAAGAGUUUGAACCGGCAGACAAAUCUGCAACAAUUUCAAUACAUGUCUGUUCCCAUUGCAGCAGUGUGCAUGGCUGCCCUAUCUGCCCUGUAUAGAAACCUUUCAAAAACGAAUCAGCUAAUCCCUUAUCAGUACCAACUGUCACCGACACUCACGUCACCACCCGCUGCCAUCUCGAUACAUACCACAUGCACAGGCCUAUAUGUGUACACGUAUGUAUAAGCACGGGUGUGCGUGUAUGUGUGUACAUGGGCGCGUGUGCAUGUGCAUAUAUAUAUUUAAAACGUCCUCCUGUUUGAAUUGCAUCAUAACCCUUCCGAUCAACUUCCGCGCAAGCUCAUCCACUUCCUCCUUUCAUCGAGGCGAUCGAUGGGCUUUUUGUUUCAGACACAGAGUGGCCCCUGUUCGAAUGCAUGCUGGGCUUACCCAUUCACAUGCUGUGAGCUCUCUCUCUCUCUACAGAGCAGUCUCCCAAUCGAAUGGCAGUGUGAGCCCUCCCUUUCGAACUUAGUGCGAGCCAACACUCGUUCUUAUUUUCCCCAUUCAAUUGCUUGCUGGGCUUACCCGUUUGAGUGCUGUGAGCUCACUUUCUCCAUAGAGCAGUCUCCCUUUCGAACACAGCACGAGCCAACUCUCAUUUUCACUUUAAAGUCGUAAUUAAAUUCAAAUUCACAGAAAUAUAUCUAAAUCCCAUGAGUGAUGCGAUUAAAAAAAAAUCACUUUCUCUACUGGUUGAGUUUUAUUAUUGAAUACUCUGUAUGUCAACAGCUUCAUAGACUCUCCAAAGUCAUCAUGUUCUUUAUUAGACAAAUUAUUAUAUCAUUUAAAAUGAAAAAAAAAACCUACACAAAAUAAAAUGAAUGAUGGAGGCCUUGAAGUUGUUGACUUUACCUUGUUCAACCAUGUUAUAAAGGUAAAUUGGUUAACCUCUUUAUUCUUAUUUUUUAUACAUAAGUGAAAAUGUUUAUGUAAGAAUCCUAAUUUUAUUGUAAUUAUAAUUCCUAUGUUAUGUCGAUGAGCUCAAAACAAAUGGCUCAAUGUAUAACCUCACAUAACUGUUUCUCUCUUUUUUCUUUUAUUUUGUUGUUCUGUACUAGCUGGUUUUAUUUCAUGUAUAAUGUUUUUGGCAUCAAUAAAUAAAGACUAGUGUAGAUAAGUUUGAUUACAAAGAACGAGUCAGAAGGGUGAAGUUCUGCAGUGAGAGAAUCAGUCGAAGAUUAGAGAGUUUGUGUGUGUCCAGACAGCAGUUUAUAAUUCACAGCCCAUUAAAAACUAAAAAACUACAGGAGUGAUUAGUAAAAUAGCUGACUUAUUCUCUCUGAUUUGUACCUGUGAACUUGUACAUUAAGAAUUUGUCGCAUUAAUAAGAAAUAACUUAUGAGAUUAUACUGUAUUAUAUAAAAUAAACCUUUUUCCUAA